AUGGGCAACCCUGACCGGCCGGCCGAGGCAUCAGGCAGCCAUGCGGCGACCAAGGUCCCAGACAUGCCGCAGAGGGCCAUGUAUCAGCAAACAGUGCCUAUUGCCGUCGAAGGCGGCGACGGCGCAGGCGACCUCGGCGACAUGCCGCCUUCGUACGAAGAGGCGGCGUCGGGCUCCGGCCGGACCGCCGGCGCAGGUGCCGGCUCCGGCUCGGGGCCAACGACCGUGCGCGCCGGGAGCACGGCGGCAGGAUCCGACCACGGGCAGUGUAGCCAGCACCGAGCCGAGGCCCCGGCGAGCAGGGCCAGCAGCGUGGAUGCCGACGCAGAUGAUGCCUUGCUCGGCAACUCGUCAGUUCCGGGCCAACGGCAUCGGUCGCAUGAUCAGCAGCCGAAACCCACUGACGACGCGGCGGCCAGCGAGAUCGAUAUCAGUGGGUACAAGCCCACCGAUCCCAUGAGAUGGGACCUGCGCGAGCGCAACGGCGACUGGAACAAGAUGGAUGGCGUGCCCGGCUGCUGCGUGUCGUCUUCCGGCGGGUGUUGCUUCUCGUCGCGCGGCGGCUGCUGCUUCUCUGACCGGGGAGGCUGCUGCUUUUCCGACCGCGAGGGGUGCUUCUUCUCGGACCGCGGAGGCUGUUUCUUCUCCGACACGGCGGGUUGUUUCUUUAGCAGCGGCGGGGCGUGCUGCUGCAGUGAUCACGUCGAAAGGGGGCCUGCGUCUUCCGCGUGA